AUGGGUAGCAAUUGUUCAUUCAAUCAAUAAGGUUCAGAAAGAAGUACAAUUAUGAGAUAAGAUUCAUUUUUUGAAAAUGGCCGAAUUGCUAAACCUUAAUUGGAUAGUAUGAUAGGAGCAAGUUAAUUAACAUAAAUGGAAAUCCCUAAUGCUUAAUUAAGAUCACCUACUAAGCCUAGCAUUUCCAAAUAAAAUGAAAUUAAAUCUUUAGUUAGAGUUCCUUCUGAAGAAAGUUUAUUUUAAAAAGAAUUUUGCUAAAUAAAAGAAAGCAAACAUUAAAACAACCUAAAGUCUGAAAAAACUAUUCAACCUAAAUUACAGAUCAAUUUGCUAACUCAAAAAUAACGAUAUCAUCAAUAAAACCAAUAAUAAAGCCCUAAAUUCUAAUCUGCUACUAAAAAAAAAAAGUUAUAAGAAAAAAGCCAAUCUCAUUCUCCUCAUUAAAAUCAAUAUAUUCUAUAAGAGAAAUCAAAGAAAAAAAGAGAAUCUCUUAAAAAUACACAUAAAAAUUUAGAGAAAAUAGUACCAAAAAGAAAAUAUUCUGAUUUACCUGAGAAAAAAGAUAAAGUUUAAUAAAUUAGAAGAAAGAUUAGUGAUAUUUGCGAUGAUCAUGCAUAUAUUAUUGGAUUAGAUAGUCCUACUAAAUUUAGAUCAUUAACUCCUAAUUCAAUUUUAAAAAGAAAAGAAUCAGAAAUCGAAACUAAUUCUCCUCAAAAAAAGUAAGUUAGAUUCAAAGAUUAAAGAUAAAAAAAUCUUAUUUGUACCUGA